CAGCAGCAGGAGGGGACCCGGCCAUAUUGCAGCAUGUCGGUAGCAGGGCUCAAGAAGCAGUUCCACAAAGCCACUCAGAAAGUGAGUGAGAAAGUUGGAGGAGCAGAGGGGACCAAGCUAGAUGAAGACUUCAAAGAAAUGGAGAGGAAAGUUGAUGUAACCAGCAGGGCCGUCAUGGAGAUAAUGACAAAAACAACAGAGUAUCUCCAGCCGAACCCAGCUUCCAGGGCAAAACUCAGCAUGCUGAACACAAUGUCAAAGAUUCGAGGGCAAGAGAAAGGACCAGGUUACCCUCAAGCUGAAGCUUUAUUGGCUGAAGCCAUGUUCAAGUUUGGAAGGGAAAUUGGUGAUGAAUCAAAUUUCGGCUUAGCGCUGAUUGAUGUAGGAGAUGCAAUGAGGGAGCUCUCAGAUAUCAAAGACUGCUUGGAUAUUGAUGUGAAGCAAAACUUCAUAGACCCACUGCAGAACUUACAUGACAAAGAUCUAAGAGAGAUUCAGCAUCACCUAAAAAAGCUGGAAGGCAGGCGUCUGGACUUUGAUUACAAAAAGAAAAGGCAAGGCAAGAUCACGGAUGAUGAAAUCCGCCAGGCAUUAGAGAAGUUUGAUGAGUCCAAAGAAAUUGCAGAAUCAAGCAUGUUUAACCUGUUGGAAAUGGACAUUGAGCAGGUGAGCCAGCUGUCAGCUCUUGCACAAGCACAACUGGAGUAUCACAGGCAAGCAUCACAAAUCCUACAGCAGGUUGCUGUGAAACUGGAGCAGAGAAUAAGAGAAGCUUCAAGUCAGCCCAGAAGAGAAUAUCAGCCAAAGCCACGCAUGAGCUUGGAGCUUGAAAACAGCCAACUUAACGGGGGUAUUGCUCUUGCUGGGACCCCCAAACCAUCAGGGGCUCCCAUGGAUCAGCCGUGCUGUCGAGCAUUGUAUGACUUUGAUCCAGAAAAUGAAGGUGAACUUGGCUUCAAGGAGGGUGACAUCAUUACUCUCACCAAUCAGAUUGAUGAAAACUGGUAUGAAGGGAUGCUUCAUGGCCAGUCGGGCUUCUUUCCAAUCAAUUACGUUGACAUCCUGGUACCUCUGCCCCACUAAAAAACACACCAGAUUAUACAGUUUGUUCCACUGCUUCUACAGCUGCUUUCUUCAGACCACAAGUACAAAUUGCAGUGGGUUUAAGUUGUUACAUUCCAUUGUCAUUUUUAUUGGUUUAUAUAUAUAUAUAUGUUAUUAUUUCUUCUAAUGUUGUAUUUCUUUUUAUCUGAGUCUUAGAGUCCUUUAUAUUGAGCAAAUAAAUAAAUGGUAUUUGUUGUGGCAUCUCUCCUUUUAAAUGGAUUCAGUGCACACAGGCGCAUAUGGCAGAAUUUAAAUUUCUAAUGAAAUUAGAAUUCUGUGUUUGCAAACACGAUGAUUUACUAGGGGCCACACUUUGCAGCCCCUGGUAGAGGUACAGCUACUAUUGGUACAGCAGCUACACCAAGUUCCAGGUAUUUUGAGGAACCUGCUCAUGGUAGGAAAUGGAAAUGUUAUGGGUGCUUUGAGAAUUUUUUGAGUUGAAACCUGAGAAAUAUUCCUGCAGCAGAAACCCUUUAUUCUGUUACCAAUGCCCUAAAGUACUCUUAAUUAGCAACUGUGUAAUAAUAGAUCCCUUGGUUUGAUAGCCCAAACCUGUUUUUGGCAUAUGAACCUUAGUUGCAGGCUCAAGAAUAAGCACUUUAUCUUUGCCAUUUUUAUGUUCUAUAGGCACAGUGCUAAGUACUCUUCAUCUCAGAACCCAUUACCCCAUAUCAAGCAUUGAUGUGAUGUUACAAAAUUUAAACAGUUUGUCAUCCUGGGUGCAGAUUCGGCUCCUGUAUUCAUGGCUGUAUCUGUGCUAUAAUACCAGCUGUUCUGAAGGAGUAAUUUGUUAGUCCCAGCCCACAGCUACUAAAGUGAGGGUUAUGCCUUCAUUUUGUGUAGCAAUGAGGUUCUUACAGCUGGACUUGUGCAUACCUUCUGUUUUAAGAGGGCAUUUGCUGUGUCUAUUUGAUGUAAACUCAAGGCUAGGCCUCACUGCUCAGUAUCAUCUUUAAACCUCCAUAUGUGUUGUGCUGACCAUUACAUUUGUGCAGACCACUCUUUGUCUAGUAUUUUUGCAGUUAACCAGGCUUUCUAGAAAACAUAUGGAAGUCCAUCUUGAUUUCAUUUAAUUAAAUUGUUAUAUAGAAUUAAAAUGAGGAUCUGUUUUAAUAAUAUAUUUCUUGAAGUCUUUAAAGGGAUAUUGUCAUCAAAAUAAGCGUCAACAUUUACCUGAAAACAUGUGUAAAUGAUUGUGUAAGCCAAUACAUGAAUGGCUAAUAAACAUUUGCUACACUGCUGUGUUGCAGUGGCUGGCUUAACCAUAAGCGUAAAAGAGAGAGAAGGCAGCUAAAUUGAAGGAAUGUACCCCGAUGCAUCAUACAUUAUCCAAAACCCCCCAUAGUCCAGGCAUUCUGUAUAGUAGAUUGCAUAUCUGUAUAAGCUUUAGCAGUUGAAAAAAUAUUAUACAAGACAUAUUGUGCAUGGGAACACAUCUGUCAGUUAUAUAUGUAUCAAACACUGUUGCUGCAAUUUAUACAAUCUCCAUAAAUAUUGAGCUUGCUUUGAUUCAUAAGCAUAAAGCAUAUGAGUCUUGCCUCCAUUAUGAUCUGAUUGUUGGCCCGGGGACCAAAAUAUUUCAUAAGCCAGAUAUGGCCUUUUAUAUAAGUGGCCAGAUUGGUAAAGACCCGUUGACCUUGCCAAAUAAUCGGAUUUUGUAUAUGGCCAGCUCAAGACUAGCCAUAGUGGAAAGCAAAGCAAAAAGAAUGCCUGUGGUGUAAUAUAUGCCUGUGCCCAUUGUUUUACCUGCAUAUGAAAUUUGCUUCUGUUAAGCAAGGUGUUUGUUAAUGAGAUUGUUUAACCUGUGAGUGUUGGUUGGCUCUGCUGGAAAUAUGCCUUGGUUUAAUAAAGUAGGAAAAUGUGAGAAACGUGGACUAAUGAAGCAGGGUAAGCCAAAAAUAUUCAUAUAUAUUUACAUAUGUUAACUUCCAGUAUCAUAACCUGUAAUAUAGUCACAGUGUGUUUUAUUUAUUAAAUGGAUGCAGGCCUGGGGGGAGGGAGUGCAUAUACAGGCACAUAUACAGCACAUAGGUGGGGAAUGUCAUGAAAUAAAUUACCAAACAGUGAACAGUUUUCCCUUGUGCUGACUGCAUUUGUGCUUAUUUAAUAUAACUUUUCAAAACGUGCAGAUGUAAAUAUCCACUUACCUGCAUGUUUUUUCAUUUUGCACCAAGUUAUUUAUUAUUUUUUGGCAAAAAACUCACCUACAACCAGGUCUUUAAAUAAUGCUACACAGAUUUUUUAUUGCUUUCCACCAAUUAUCUUAACUUUUGUUUUUUGCAUGCAAGCAAGGUUGCCUUAUUGAACUGGGGCCCCUGAACUGCCCAAGCCUGUCCCUGCCCACUACUCUCCCAAACCUCAUCCCUUUUGAUUAAAUCUAACUCAGCAGUCGAGGCCACCCCCCCCCACCCCAUUUCCUAUGACAGAUGCCCUGCCUGUCACCCACAGGUAAUUGGGUCUUCUGCACAACAUAGCAUCCUUUAUGAGUAAAAAUGUAACCUUUGCUUGUUCAUUAAGCAAUAAAUAAUAAAGGUAUUUUUGCAAGAUAGUAUAAGCAUCUAUAUUUUUAGCUAAAAGCACAUUUUAAGUAUAAAAAGUGACAGAGCAGAUUUUUCAAUACAGUAACAAUACAGCAUACAGAAGAUAUUUUGGCAUACCUUUAUGUACAGAAUUAUGGAAAGUCCAUACAUGGAAGCCUUUUUUCAGUUUAUUUUUUUCACUACUUUACAGAUGAAAAGAAAUACAUACUCCUACCUGUUCCCAUACACUAACCCUGCCCAAGAAGCCCAGACACAAUUAUACAAACGGCAUCUUUAUUAUCUGUCUAUUCCUCUUUUUCUGGCACGCAUCAUUUUUGCUGCUUUGCGAAUUUUUCACCGUUUUGCGAACCUUUUCAAAGAUUUGUGAAUUUGCAGGCGAAUGGAAACGGGAUAGAUUCGCUCAUCCCUAUUAGAUUCUUUUACUAUCUAGUUUUUGUUAUUUUAAACAGCACAGAACCUUGAAACCUAUAAUGGCUUUAAUGUUUCACUUGAUCCCACUUCCCUAGUUAUUCUGAAACUGUGGUAGACUAAUAAAAAGAAAAAGCAAGGAAAGCAAGAGGAUACAUUUACCAAACUUUCAUGGAUAUCUUUUUAUAAUUUUAAGGAGUUUAACACAGCAAUAUACACUUAUAUACAUCUUUUUUCAACACGAGCAAAAUGAAUAUGUUAAAAAUGCAUUCUGCCUAUUAUUUUAAGGCACGAUUAUUCCUUUUUAUUAUAAAGCAGUAAAGGAGAAUUGUUUUGCUUUCAUACUUGCUACCUCCCCUGUAAUUAUCUGGGGUUGCUUUUAUAUAGAUAAUGAGCUCUGCAUAAACAAAUGCAUCCUUUCACACACUGAUUGUGAUUGUUUCGGCUUGUAUAAUGAAGUCCAUUAUGCAGGGAGUUAAUUUGUGCUCUUGUAAUCUGAUUAACUACCUGCCAAUAACUAGAAAAUAGUUUUCUCUCUUUAGGUCAGUUUCUCAGUUCGACCUGUUUAGCUCAAAAAUAACAAAAGCCAUAGAUUUCUCUAAUUAAAACAAUGGGCAAAAUCAUCUUCCGUACAAGCCCUAUCCAUUGAACUCAUGUUGAACAAGGAGAGUUUUAAUAUGAUCUGUUGCCUUUUGGUUUAAAGAAAUAUAAAUGUACUUUCAGCUGUAGUGUUCUUUUGAUCAUUGCAAGAAACCACACAACCUAUAGCUAUAUUAUUAAUUGAAACCCAAUUAAAGUGAAUAUGUCAAACACAAGCAUUCACUGUUAUUAUGGUGGAAACAGCCCCUUUAACAAUCUGGAAAAUGUAUUUUGUAUAUCUGUAUAUAUAUAUAUAACUUUUAACACUCUUUUUGUUGUCCCUAAUUUUUCGUUACAUUUGAAUAGGUAAUAUAUUGUGAUUGCAUACAGCUCUAAAUCUGCCCAUUUCAGAUCCAUAGAGCAAAUGAUUACAAUAGGCACUCAUACCCCAGUGGAAAGCACCUAAAAAAAUGAACACUCUUUAAAGUUAUGCAAAGCAAAUAACGUAAUCAUAUAUUUUGUGAGGCAGAUUUAAUGCACAUAUAAACAUGUUUUUGUGAUUAUUAUUGAUUAAAUGCACGCCCCUGGUUGGUUGCACUCAACAGUAAUAAAAUAUUAAAUGUUGGCUGUGAAUCUGCUUGACUGCGUGCUUCGUGUACAUUUCCUAAUAUGAUUGUUCAUAAUAAAUGGGGAAUGGAAUUGAA